UGCGCCGAAAACGACGUUCGUGGGCGGGGCCGAUGACGUCAGAGGGCCGUACGGAGAGCGGGGCGGGGCUCCUGCUCACGUGGUGCGGACGCGACGGAGAGCAGGUCCUUCUCCUGGCGCUGCUGAUGCUCCCUCUGCUCCGGACGGCCUCCCAACUCUUCUCCUCCAUGGCUGCCUCCGCCGGGGGGCCCUACGUCCCCGGGACCCUCUCUGCUGCCUUCGUCACCUGCCCCAACCAGACCGUUGCCAAGGAGAUUGCCAGGGCUGUCGUGGAGAAGAAGCUGGCAGCCUGCGUCAACAUCGUUCCCCAGAUCACCUCCAUCUACGAGUGGAAGGGCAAGAUUGAGGAGGACUCGGAGGUGUUGCUGAUGAUCAAGACACGCAGUUCUCGUGCCUCGGCCCUCGCAGAGUUUGUCCGGUCCGUGCACCCUUACGAAGUGGCAGAGGUGAUCGCCGUCCCCAUCCAACAGGGGAACCCUCCCUACCUGCAGUGGGUCGCGGAGACUGUCCCAGAGUGAAGCGGCGGGGCUGGGGGGGGCGCCCCAUAGCCAAGAAGGAGAUUUUAGUAGGAGAGCAGAAAUAAACACCUCUCCGCCCCUGCUUUGUGGGGAGAAAGCCAA